AAUAAAUUUAAUUUUUCUGCGUUACAAAAUCGGUGGUGCCUUGCUGGAAUAUUCCGAAUAUUCGAAAUUAUCAGUGUUCUUUUCGGUUUUAGUGAAUUUGUUUUUGCACGUGAUUUCAUUGAACAGACAGAGGUGAUAAUUGAUUAAGUGCAACAUGCCUGUGGAUCAAAUUCAGUACUCGCAAAGAUACACUGAUGACGUCUAUGAAUAUAGGCAUGUCAUCCUGCCUCCGGAUAUAGCCCGCCUGGUACCCAAGUCCCAUCUCAUGACGGAGACAGAAUGGCGCAACCUGGGAGUGCAACAGAGUCCUGGCUGGCUACACUUCAUGGUCCACAACCCCGAGCCUCAUGUCCUGCUGUUCCGACGACCUCGGACAGAUGUCCAGCCAGCAGUCAAUGGAAUAGAUAGUAAUACAAACUCCAGCGUCAAAGUAUGAGGUUGGUGUAUUUAGGUAAAAUUAAUUUUGAAUGUGUGGUUUAGUGAUAGAAUAUAAAGGUUUUCUAAGAUAUGAAAUCAUUUUGUACGAUGCCUGUGAUAGUAUGCAUUUAUUAAAAUAGCUUGAACUUUAUAACUUUUGUAUAUCCGUAACCAUAUGGAAAAAGUUAUAAAAACUGCAUUUAAAAAACCGACUUCAAAAAACCAAAAACUAUUAACAAACACAAACUAAAA